AUGAGUGAUUGUGAUGAAACAAUACGAGCGAUCCUGGAGCAACCUGACAAUGGUCUUAAUCCGAUCAGCCAGAUCUUCCCUCAAACUAACUUAUCAACUGACAACCAGUCUGAACAAAGAUCCAGUCUCGAGAGAGUAUCUUCAAGAAUAGGAUUUAAUGUUCCACCACUAGAGACAGAGAGCAUCAUGAGUCCAUUAGCUGCUUCUAGAAGCCAGACUAAUGUUCCUUCUCCUCUCAUCGCAAUCUCUCCAGAAUUUAGCUCAUCUGCACAGUUGCAGUCUCCAAAAAUGUUCUCUAAUUCUUUUUCACAGUAUCCAAUCGCCAAUGACGGGCCUCCGGAGAUGGUGGGAAGUUCUGGUGGCGACUAUGUAACGCCGAUGAUAUUCAACAACGAUGUUCCUCAUCAGCCGAUGAACUUUGACCACAUGCCUCAUCAUGAAGGCUUUUAUGAUAGUCCAGCGGAAGAGUCUGUUUAUGUCCCAUCUCAUGAAUCUCAUGUUGAUUUCAUUGGUGCUCCUUUAGCCACUACUUUUGAAUCUGAUGAGGUCGCUGCUGAAACCGAUAUCAUGAACAUCAUCUCCCUCGACAGUGAGGACGAAGAAUACAAGGAAGACGAAAAUGUAGAUGAAAAAGAUGACAGUGUUGAUGAACUUCCACCUCGAAAGAGAAGGAAAUAUGAGGUAUCAGACAUGUUUGGAGCCAAAAGAACAAGAAAAGAAGAAAGGGUUAUACUUCGGAUGGAAUGCGAAGAAGACAAUCCCGACGAUGGUUAUCAAUGGAGAAAAUACGGUCGAAAAAUUGUCAAUGGGAAUCCAAAUCCGAGGAGUUACUUCAAAUGCACAUAUGGGGGGUGCAAUGUGAAGAAGCAUGUGGAGAGAGGAGCAGACGAUGUGAAGUUACUGGUGACUACAUACGAUGGAAAACACAACCACCCUAUACCAACUGGACGCAGUAGCAAUAGGUCCGGUCCAAGGAACCGUUCUGGUUUUUCAGCGUCUCAACCCCCUCGGUUACGCAAGCUGCCUUCUUCCUCUUCGGCCUGUCAGUAUUGCUAUGCUUCUUUGGAGCCACACCCUGAUAUGACACAGCUCUAUAUGACUGGACUCUCUAAGCUGCCGAGUUUCCCGGUUAACCAUAAUCAUGGUUUUAUGUACGGGAAUGAUGAACAGAAUAUUGAUCGUGUGAUUCCGGACGGUGCAGAGGUGUACAAUGGGAUCAAGGAUCGACUAUUUCCUAACUUCGGUUAUAACUUUUAG